AUGUCCUGGCUGGGUUCGUGGCUCAGUGAGGUCCAAUGGCUUGUCCUGGUAUCGCUCUUCGUCGCGGCCCUGGGCACGGUGGGCCUGUACCUGGCGCAGUGGGCGCUGGCCAGGGCGCGACCCCCGUCCCUGUGGCACACAGAAGAGCCUCGCGAGGGUCAGCACCAGGAGACCGACGCCCUGCUGACCUGGAUCCUGAAGUUGAACAGCUGGCGGAGCCAGUGGCAAACAGCCUGGGUGAUGGCUCUGAACGAGGAGGCCAAAAGGAAAGGGGGCCCACUGCUCCUCACCUUCGAGGAGGACCCGCUGCAGCAGCCCCUGGAACUGGCCGUGCAGCAAGUCUCAAGUAUGGCCAUGUCUGCUAGUGAAAAGGUGGUGUCUUGUGAUGUGGUUGGCAAAGCUAUUCAAUUCAUUGCCUCUGCACUACCUGCCUCCCCUAAGGGCAUGAGACCCCGGCUCUAUGAUGUACGGCUUUCCCCAUUUCAUUUGCAGCUGGAGCUGCACAUGCAGGAAAAGAGGGAGGAUAUCCAGAUCAGGUGGUCGUUCAUCAGCGUGCCGGAAAUGGCCAUUCAGAUCCAGCCCAAAGCCCUGUGGGAGGACCAGCUGGUGGGUGCUAAUGAAAUAUCUGAAACUCUCAAGGAUAUCUUGAAGCAUCUGGUUUGCUCUGCUUCCCCAUCAGUGGUUCUGAGCACAAAGCCCACAAGUGUUAAGGAAGUUCAGACUCUACAACGCACUUCCUCUGCUCCUCAGGAAUCCUGCCCUCCCAAACCUCCAAGGGCCCAUGAGCUAAAACUGCUGGUGAAGAACAUCCGAGCCUUGCUGCUAAGUGACUCUGGUGCUUCAGGUAACAUGAACCCAGUAUGCACAGCUCAGCUGAACGAGCCCCCUCAGAGCUUCUCCAGCUCCCCAGCAAAAAACACUACUGACCUCACUUGGCAGGAGGAGUUCACCUUUGAAUUGAACGCCAAAUCUAAGGAGUUACAACUGCAGCUUUCAGAGGAUGGGAGAUCCUCAGAAGGUCUGUUUGCAAUGACAACGAUACCUUUAGAUUUAUUUAAGAAGCAGCCUUCUGGACCACAGAGCUUUGCAUUGACCAGCAGGUCCACCAUGGGCAGCCCAGUGUUGGGCUCGGUCACUGUGGAGUUUUCUUACAUAGAACCCAGUGAAUCAAAGCCCUGGCCAAUCCCUCCCCCUGUUCCUGCUGCGAAGAUAGAGAAAGACCGCACAGUGAUGCCCUGUGGUACAGUGGUCACGACGGUGACUGCCGUGAAAACCAAGCCUCGCUUCGACAUGGGGAGGGUGUCCCCACUGAGCCCUGAGUCUCCUGUGAAAAUGCCUGUGAAAGUGAAGGUAAUCGAGAAGGAUAUUUCCGUCCAAGCCAUCUCCUGCCACAGCGCCCCUGUCAGUAAGACUUUCUCUUCUUCUGACACAGAAUUGUUGGUGUUGAACGGUUCAGAUCCAGUGGCAGAAGUGGCCAUCCGACAACUCAGCGAAUCUUCAAAACUGAAACUUAAGUCACCACGAAAGAAAAGUACUAUCAUCAUCUCGGGGAUCUCCAAGACCUCCUUAACUCAGGACAACGAAGCUGCCCUGAUGCUGGACUAUGCAGCCUCCAUGGACAGUGAGCAUCAGGAGGAGUCCCUGUCCCAUCUAGGGGCUGCUGUAGCCACUGCCCCCCUCGAGGAAGAUCCACCUGCCCAGGCCCUGCCUGCCCUUGAACCUGAGGAGAAUGAACUCGACUCCUGGGACUUGGAGAAAGAGUCACGGGACACAGAGUGGGACGGCCACAGCCCACUGGACCUGGAUGGGGAUGAGCUGUCAGAGAGCUCUCUGAGUGUGUCGGAGCCAGGCACUGUCAAGAAACACAAAGGCGGAAUUUUAAGGAAGGGCGCAAAGCUGUUCUUCCGCCGGCGGCAUCAACAGAAAGACCCAGGCAUGAGCCAGUCCCACAAUGACCUCAUAUUUCUACAGCAGCCGGAGGGGGCCAAGAGGAAGGGCAUGACUCUCAGCAGGAUCCUGAACAAGAAGCUGCUGUCCAAACACAGAAGCAAGAGCUCCAUGAAUGGUGCCCCUGUGGACCCCUGUGCGUAG